GUGUUUUAAAAAAGGGAAGUUCGAAUUUGCUUAUUAAAGAUUAAACUUACAUCGAGGAACAACACCGUUUGGUUUCUUGGCUGUAGUAACCAGAAUGACAGAGGAAUCUACCGUUGUUCCCUUAGUUAUACCAAAAGUUGGUUCAGUGGUUGUGCACACAGGGAACAUUGUUCACUGGAACAGAUUGAAGAGGAAAGCAAAUGAAACACCAACUACAGAGAUAACUGAGAGUGUUGGAUCAACUUUCAGAUCUAUCAUUGAUGCUACAGAUAAAAAUCAGUUACAGUACCAGACAGAACUGACAUGUAAUAAUGAUAAAUUUAUAGAAACUUUACCUGAGGAGGAAAGAGGAGACCUUAAACUAACAGUCAAAAUAUUUCUCUGCAGUCUACUACCAGCUGAACUACUUAAAGAGGCAACAAACAAAGCUUUGAAAGAAUUGAACGUGAGUUUUAUAGAGACAGUGUUAUUAGCUCUGCCUGAAUUUGAAGAUGAAGAUGAUUUAACAUUAGACAUAAUCAAGCCAUACUGGACAUGCCUCGAAGAAUUAGUAGAUAGUGAAGCUGUUCUGUCUUUAGGAAUUGCUGAUCUCAACAAAACAUUACUGGAACAGCUAUAUAACUGGGCAAGGGUGAAACCACACAUCAAUCAAGUUAACUUAGAAUCAUGUUGUGUAAUGCCCAAAGAUUUGGUGGAGUAUGCCAAGGAUAAUGAUAUACAACUACUUACACACAAUGAUCCAAGAGAUAUACUACCAACAAAAUCAUUCCAAGAGUUGAUAUCUACCAACACAACAGAGAAAGAUGGAGAAGGCUGGGAACCAUUGUGGGUCCUGAGAUAUUCUGUCCUGGUAAAGUGUCGUGGAAUCAUUAAAACUAAAGGAUAUAUCAUGAAAGGCUACAGGGACACAAAGAAAAGGAAAUAGACAUUCAUCUACUUAUCAUUAUUAAAACUUUAAAAUUAUAGAGCUGACAUAUAUGCUUUCAAAUCUUUUACCUAUAUUCAGUAAGGUUUUGUGAGCAAAAGAUAUAAUAGCUCAUUGAUAUUUCAUGAUUUAUCUUGCGCUCAUUGUCACACAAAAAUUAGAUCAUUUGAAAAUGGAAACACUCCAUACUUUAAUUUUCAUAUGUGCAUUUCCUUCAAGAUUUUUUGUUUUCCUAAUUGAUUUCAGCAUCACAGUAGAAACUAUUUGACAUAAAUUAUUAGUAGGACUGAAAUCAAACAGAGUAAUGUACCACUAUGAUGUAUUAAUUUUGUAUGGGAAAUAGGAUGAGUAAUUUACUAAACUCACCAAUAUAUGCAAUGAGAGUUUAAAGUGAUGAUGAGUUGAUUGGAAAUAGAAAUGGUGCUUCAUGUAUUACUACAGAUUGUUGUAUAUUAGAUAAUGUAUAAUUGUCUUUCUGUUUCUCCUUAUUUUAUACAGUGGCCAGUGGAAGAUUAUGAGAAAGUUUAGCCAAUUCUCUAAUUGUGUGUUGUUUUUUUCAAAAUUGUCAGAAUUUAAAAUAAGAAAUAAACAUAAGAAAAAUUAAAUUAGAUAAAAGGAAAAGUGUCCAAAACUUAUUUUUCUGGAAAAUUAAUAGCAUAUAUGCAGUGGGUAGCGUGUUCGGUCUUUAUGUUUUUAACAAAUAUUCUAAUUACAUCAAAUCUUUUGUUUAUGUAAAAAAAACUUUAAAUAGUCAUCUAUAUUUUUUCAAAUAUUGCUGAAUGUUUUAAGUAGCAGAAACCAACAAGAAGAAACACUUUGUACUUUGUUUCUCAAGAUAUUUAUUAAUAUGGAUGGAUCACAUGAAUGUGUGUUAAAAAUUUGUGUAUUUUAGUUAAUUUUAUUUAUAGAAUACACUUUAAUGUAUUUUGUAUAUACUUGUUGUUAUUCUAUACAGAUAAAUAAACUUAUAAUUAUAUCUCA